AUGGGGUCAGAACCUCAGUUCGCGAAGUAUCCUGACCUUCGCGUCGCUCAAGCCAUCUUCACAUUGUCGACAGGACCGCAAGCGGCUCAAAAGGCGUCUCUCACAUAUCUUCAAAAUGCCAUCAAGGAAUUCAAGAUGGCGCCCCUCUACAGACAUCUCGCUCACCCUACGGAAGGCAUAUUGAAUCGGUCCGGCGAAGGCACAGCGGAUGGUGCUCUGAGCAGAACACAGUCACAGCAGCCACAGCCAGCAAGAAGACCGUCUCUUGUCGCUAGCAAUCUCAUUCCGCCCAAUAAGAAGCAAGUAUUGAGCUCAGGUCUCCUGCCCUGGGAUGAGGCACAGUACGAAGAGCUCAAGAAGGAUAACGAGAAAGAGCUGGAGGAUAUACAGAAAGAAGAAGAUGAGGCACAAGAGAAGGCUGGCGAGACUGAAGUGCAGGCGGCGAGAAGUAAGCGGGCAGAUUUCUGGGCCAGAGUCGGUGACAAGGACAAGGCGAUCUCAUCGUAUGAGCAGGUGUUUGACAAGACGGGUCCGCUAGGCACAAAGAUUGAUAUCGUGCUUGCCAUAAUACGAGUCGGCUUGUUCUUCAACGACAAGGCGUUCGUCAAGAAGCAGGUCGAGCGAGCAAAUAUUCUGGUCGAAGGUGGCGGUGACUGGGACCGGAGAAACCGACUCAAGGCGUACAAGGGCCUGCACUUACUCACUGUUCGGUCCUACAACCUCGCAGCACCACUACUCCUGGACUCGCUCUCAACAUUCACAUCAUACGAGCUAUGCAGCUACUCCGACCUUGUGGUGUACAGCGUCCUGGCGGGCACUCUGUCUUUGAAGAGAACAGACUUCAAGAAGUCAGUAGUGGACGCGGCGGAAAUCAAGGUGAUUCUCGGCAAUGAUGACGAGAAGCUGCCUGGCGGGGAUGAGGAAAUGAAGGAUGUUUCAGCUGCGACAGAAUCACGAGCUACCGGCUUGGUGAAUCUCAGUGCGUUGGGCACAGGCACGGAGGCGCAACCAGAAGAGGCCAUCGAUUUCAAGCCGUUGGCGAGUCUGGUGAACGAUCUUUACAAUGGCAACUACCGAGGCUUCUUCCAGGCGUUGGCAGACGUGGAGGAGAGUUUCCUGGCGACCGAUCGAUAUCUGUAUGAGCAUCGAAACUGGUUCGUGCGAGAGAUGCGUUUGCGAGGAUAUCAGCAACUGCUACAGAGCUAUCGUGUGGUCGGUCUGGCCACGAUGGCUCAAGCAUUUGGCGUCAGUGUUGACUUCCUGGACCGAGACCUGGCCAAAUUCAUUGCUGGUGGCAAGAUUCACUGCACCAUCGACCGAGUGCAGGGGACAAUCGAGACCACGAGACCUGACGACAAGAACAGCCAGUACAGCAACGUGGUCAAGUUGGGAGAUCAGCUGAUCACCAAGUUGCAGAAGUAUGGCCAAGCUGUAAGAUUGAGAGGGAGUGAAAGAGCAUGA